UAUAAACGUUGGUUGGUUUGGUUGCGCGUUUGUACGUGUACAAGAAGCCCGGCUCAGCUAAGUGGUGGGAAAUAAUUUUUAAAUAAAAUUUCAACAACUUUAAAAACUUCAGUUUGUCGUGGUUCUUCUUAACAUAAACAACGCGGUGGGGUUCGCGCUCCUUUUCGGUUCAACAAUAUCCGAUCAACCGAUUACGAAAUAAAAUUAUUAGCAAUUUUUUUUUCUCAAUUUUAUUUUUUCUUUGAUUUUAAUUCGUUUCGUAAGUGCAACGAAAUUUCGACAAAAUGAUUGAAACCGAAGUUAUUCACACCACAAACUUAUCCACUGCACCUGAUGAAUAUGACCCGUAUGUUUGCAAACUAGACCCUGAACUUCGAGCUGUAGCAAAAGAAGAACUCCAUGAAGAUGACAACAUUAGGAAACAAGCUUUGGCCCAAUUCCGCGAAUGGAUUGCCAAACAUCCCAACAUCACAAAAUGCCGCACCGAUUCGAUUUUCCUACUCCGAUUCUUGCGUACAAAGAAGUUUUCUGUACCCGCUGCUUGUGAAAUGUUGGAACGUUAUCUUACCAUCCGUCAACUUUUUCCACAAUGGUUCUCGAAAUUGGACAUUGAUGAUCCAGCAUUGAAUGAAAUUUUUGAAAAUGGUUAUCUUGUACCACUUCCGGAACGUGAUGAAUUUGGUAGGCAAGUUAUUUUCUCGGUUGGUGGCAAAUUCGAUCCGUACAAAUAUACUUCCGUUCAAAUGGCUCGUAUACAUUCGUUGAUUUGUGAAGCAUUGUUGGAUGAAGAAGAUUCUCAAGUUGCUGGUUAUGUUUAUGUUAAUGAUGAAUCUGGAAUGAAUAUGGGAUUUAUAAGUCUAUGGUCAUUGACGGAUUUGAGAAGUAUCUUGAAGUGUAUACAGAAUUCAACACCAAUGAGACAUAAGGAAACUCAUUUCAUCAAUAUUCCACACUACGCAAACCGCAUUAUUGAAUUGGCCGUUUCAAUGCUCAGUGACAAACUUAAGAAGAGAAUAAUGGUUCACAAAUCAGUUGAUGCACUUAAAACUAAAAUCAAUCCAUCCAUACUACCUCAAGAAUAUGGAGGCACUGUACCUCUAGCUGAUAUGAUCAAACAAUUCAAAGAAAAGCUAGUACAAAAACGAGCAGCUAUAUUGGCUUUGGAUGAUAUGCAUAUAAAAGUAACAAAAGAUGCUGUUAAUUUUGCUGGCAAUGAUAUUGGUGACAUUGAUUCUGGAGUUGUUGGAAGUUUUAGAAAGCUGGAGGUUGAUUAAAAAUCAUAUCAAAUCAGCCUUAACUUAUUAUUUUUAAUUUUAAUAAUUUUAAUUUUUUUUUUUAAAUUGAGUUAUAGUUUUGUUGUGUAUUAAACUGUAUUUUUAAUAUUAAGCUUAAAUGGUAAUUAAAAU